AUGAACGAUGGAUUGAUCGUUAGGGAGGGAGAGGAUGAGGAUGUUGAGAAGGUUGCAUCGAGGUGCGUUGACCUGCUGUUGGACCAGCUCGGGGCCGGGCAUAGAAAUUCUGGUGCAGCUCUCACGAUGAAAGCUGUUGCCAAGCGAGUAGCUCAAUCUGCAGGCUCUGCCCUCUGGGCAGGAACAACUGGGCUGACUGACACGGGAGGUGGAGCAACUGACGUCAUUGUUGUCCGACACUCGAACGGGAGGCUUGUGAGCACGAGCUUCCAUGCUCAGCUCCCCAAGCUGUCGAAGCAGGACUUCAUGGGCACCAGGGUCUCUUUGUUCGUGAACAACAUCCCGACAGGCGUGUCGAUGGUGCUAGACAGAGAGCUCAUCUGCUGCUUCGAUGACGGGAGCUACCGCGCGUCCCAUGCAGACUUGGAGAGCAUGAACUUGCGCUCUGGAAAGAACACGAUUCGCUACGAGAUGAUCCACCCCUGUAACAAUGAUAGAAGAUACACAGUUCGGGCUAACAUCCAUCUGUGGAAUGUCUGGGACAAGAUAACGGUUGUUGACAUUGAUGGGACAGUGACAAAGACAGAUGUUGCCGGGUUCGGCGCAGAGAAGUUGGGGUACGAAUACAUCCAUUCGGGGGUCUGCGAGGCUGUCACAGAGAUCUCAAGGCAGGGUUACCGAAUCCUGUUUCUGACCUCUCGCGCUAUCACACUCGCUCAAUCAACACGGGAGUUUCUUUGCACCAUUGGUCAGUCGAAUGGAGGGACCGGCAUGCCGGAGUUUUGUCUGAUUACAACGACUGAGCGUUUUUUGCCUUCCCUCGUGGUUGGUGUGCGAUCAGCUGAUAAGUUCAAGACUGUGGCCUUGCAGGAGAUCCUCAGAAUUUUCAAUCCAGAGAUGCAAAGUAUCAAGAGGGCAGAUGAUGUAGUCGAGCAGAUUCCUGGUUGGCGUCUGGAUACCGCUCCUGUCCUUGUCGGAGCAGAAAAAUGGGACAAGCUCUGGCAUGGACCCUCUGAGACGGAAGACGAUGAAGCCAGCAACGCGAGCACGCAUGCUGGGAGCGACUCGGACAAGGACAAAGAUCGGCUAGGAGGCCUUGAUGCUGAGGACUCGGAUGUAGCACAGCGCAACACCUUGAAGCGCGAUGCCGACAGCUUCUCGAGCUCCUCUGGCGUCAUGGGCUCCGGGUCAAAAGAUCCUUCUGGCACGUUCGUGUGCGGGUUCGGCAACAGAUUGACAGACACGGCUGCCUACAACGCCGUGGGAAUCCCUCCCGAGAGAAAUUUCCUCAUCGAUCAGUCAUCCCAGAUAAGGAUGACGGGUGUUUAUAACCAAGUCUUCGAUGGCUACACCGGUUUGCUCCCUCACAUUCGACGCCUCCUGCCUGCUCUGAACUCAAGAGGGGAGCCUCUCUACCGGAAGAAAGGAAGAGGAACAUGUCCGCUUGACUGCGACUGCGAUGAAGUGGUUUUGUGAUGUUUCGUAUUUUUUCUUCUUCUGAUCUUCUAUGAACAAACGUUGUGAAUGUG